GUUCAAUGCUCGCGAUAUUGUUCAGUGAACCUAUAUCACGACUGAAAGAUCUGAGGUAUCAACAUUGACGGCAAACUACCAAAUCCCUUUGAAGAGUUAAUUUUCUCCUCUGGACGACCUGCCGGCGCCAUGAAGCGCUUUUCUGAGGGACAUGAGUAUAUAUUUCAUGGUUUGCUCCCUACUACUAUACAGCAACUUGUCUAUUCUGGGAGGUAAAAUGUACUUCGGAUCGUUGACAUUCAAACAAAAAUGGAAAGAUCUUCGAGCAUCGCCCAGAAGCUCUCAGUACCACGUGAUGGUUAACAACAUAGAGCAUUCGAUAAGAGAAGCUUUCAAAAAUGAUUCUAACUUUGAAAACAUCAGAGUGACUCAGUUAAGGGAACAUGAAGCAAACAAGAAGUCCACGAUACGAGGAAACCUUGCAGCAGAUUUUGAGCUGUCGUUUAACGACCAAUCAAAAGCUAGAGGCAGUGUUUACAAUCUGUUCAACAUGGUGCAGAGUGGUGACCUUGAUGGAUUACCAGUUCAAGAAGAUUCUUUAUCCAUACAAGGCUUGACAAACAGAACUUGGCCUAAACUGAAACGAAGAACAAACCAACUUCUGCAUCAUGUCGCCUUGGUAAUGCGAAACACUUGGCCAUCAGGGAGCUACGGUCUUCCUAAACCGAAGUCAGGCUGCCCAAGUAAAGAGUGGCUGGAAGGUUUCAGAUAUCAAGACUCAGAAAAUGUCGAAAAUACGAACACAAAAACAAAUGGAAGUCAUUUUUCGGGAAGAGUGACACCACAUGGGAUACGACAGGAAUUCUGUAUUCACAAGGGCACACCAGGAAAACGAAUUCCCUGGCCAAGUGGAAAAUAUUGCAUUUAUAGAAAAGGAAAUUCGUGUCCAACCGGCUUACGAGAAGGUUGGAUUCGAUGGGACGAUGAAAACACAGAGAUCGAUUUUCCAAAUUCACUGGGAGGAGAACUCCCAGAUGGGAUAUAUGGAGAAAACACUGCAAUCUAUUUUUGCUGUAGCACUUCAGGCAAAAAAUCCACACCAAUUUCUCUGCCAUAUGGAUCUCCAUUUUACCUUAUUGCUUAUGGCUCACACAGGUGUCAAAAAGUGUCUUCAGAAUAUCUCCAAUUUGACGACGAAGAUCAGGAUAAUGCUAAUGCCCAUAGCCUCAUUUCACCGUACGGACCAUCAGAGGAUCUGUUUAACAAUAGAAUAUACUAUUGCUACUACCAACCAAUUCCCUGUGAUAUUUCAUCUGACAUUGCCUGUCCCAGUCGGUCUCCUCCCGUGAAGGAAAUGCAGCUUAAAGUUAGUUCGGAUGAAACCAUAGCUAAGGAUGAGAAAAUAAUUGAGGACGUAAAAGAGAUUGCGACAGAGAAAGCUACCAGAGGAUCCAAGUUUGUCACAGGGGGUGGGGUUGGGAUGAUGUUAAUGGGAUCAGCAACAGUUGCUGUCUUUGCACGAAGAUUUCUAACACGAGCACGAGCGAGUUACUAA